AUGGAGAUAAAGUUUCAUUGCAUUUUUGCAUAUGCAUUCCUAAUUACCAUAUCCUUCCAAAUGCUUUCUUCUGAAGCCAAACAACCUAUGAGCCUUGCAACUGAUCAAACUGCCCUUCUUUCACUCAAACAACACAUCACCUCCGACCCUUCUCUUUUACUUGCUACUAAUUGGACCAACUCGACCUCCGUCUGCAGCUGGAUUGGCGUCACUUGCAGCUUACGCCACUACAGAGUAGCUGCCUUGAAUCUCUCUCACAUGGCUCUCUCCGGCACCAUUCCACCACAGCUCGGACACCUCUCCUUCCUCAUCUACCUCAACCUCAAAAGCAAUCUUUUUCAUGGAGAUUUGCCUCAAGAGCUGUCUCUCCUUCGCCGUUUGAAGUUCAUAUCUCUCGAACUCAACAACUUCACCGGAGACAUCCCUCCGAUGUUUGGUCAGUUACCAAAAUUAGAGCACUUGAAUUUACGCAACAACGGCUUCGUAGGUUCCAUCCCAAAAUCGCUCUCAAACUUAACAAACCUACAAUUUCUUGACUUAGAUUCCAAUUCUCUGAGUGGAGAAAUUCCAAAAGAGUUGGGGAGACUUCAAAGUCUACAAAUUCUGUCUGUUGAAUACAAUCAUCUCUCAGGUGCUAUACCAUCAGCCAUAUUCAACACAUCGACCUUGGUGACUAUAGCUCUGACAGGCAAUGAAUUGAGUGGAAGUCUUCCAACAGACAUUUGCAGUAAUCUUCCAUCUCUUACUAGGAUUCAUCUUUCUUAUAAUCAGCUGAGUGGCGCGAUUCCCACAAAUCUAUCCCAAUGCUCACGACUUGAGAUAUUGAGCCUCUCUGAAAACUCUUUCAGUGGGCAGAUACCUUCACAAAUCGGCUUCUUAACAUCUGUUGGGUUGUUAUAUCUCGGUGGUAACAAGUUGAACGGUAAUGAGAUUGGGGGCUCAAUUGAUUUCAGUAUUUUCACGAAUAUGUCUUCUCUGCAAGGCAUAUAUCUAUGGCGCAACAAAUUCACGGGGAACCUUUCAAGGGAUGUCGGGAAUAUUACAAGGCUAACAGUUUUGGAACUCAAGGAAAACUACCUUACAGGCCAUAUUCCCUCUGAAUUUGGCCAACUUUACCAACUGGAGAGCUUAGUACUACAAGGGAACAGCUUGAGUGGUUUGAUUCCACAUGAGCUCUUCAACAUUUCAACUCUUGAGAUUCUCGCACUUGUUGGCAAUGCUCUGUCAGGGGUUCUUCCAACCCAUGUAUGCCAUGGUUGUCCCUUUCUUGAAGAACUUUAUCUUGGGGGAAAUUACAUGAGUGGAGCAAUACCCAACUCUAUCUCUAACUGUUCUCAACUCACAAUUCUCUCACUUUAUAACAACACAUUUAGUGGUUAUAUACCUACUCAUCUCGGCAACCUAAGACUUCUCCAAAGUCUUUCUCUGUUCAACAACAAUCUUACCCAGGCACCAUCUUCUUGCUUCAUAACUUCAUUGACAAAUUGCAGGUCUCUAAAUGAGUUGGAUAUUUCUGGUAAUCCUCUAUACGACGUCAUUCCAGCUUCUGUCGGGAACUUAUCUUCCCUGCUUGAAGGAUUCUAUGCCGAACACUGCAAACUCAGUGGCAGCAUACCUGUUGAAAUAGGCAAUUUAAGCAGUUUGAUGAUAUUGGAAUUAUCAGACAAUGAGUUAUCUGGUAAUAUUCCACUUACUAUCAAACAUCUGCAUGACCUUCAAGGAUUAGAUCUGUCUAAUAACAUGUUGGGAGGCUCAAUACCACAUGCUAUAUGUGAUCUUUUCAGCCUCAAUAUUUUACUUAUGAUCCAGAAUCAAUUUUCAGGCCCAAUUCCUAAAUGUCUGGGAAAUGUCUCUUCUUUGAGAAAUAUUUUUCUGGAAUCUAACAUGUUGAAUUCAAGCUUACCGUCAAGUUUAUGGGGCCUAAAAGAUUUGAUCAACCUAGACCUGUCCUCGAAUUCAUUGAAUGGGUUCUUACCUCAAGAGAUAAGUAACUUAGGAGCAGCAAUAUAUAUAAACCUAUCGAUGAAUCAGUUGUCAGGGUCUAUUCCUAGCACUAUUGGGAAGUUGCAGAAUUUGGUUAAUUUGUCUUUGGCAAAUAAUAGACUAGAGGGUUCUAUUCCUGUGUCUAUGGGAAGCAUGAUCAGUUUGGAAAAUCUCGAUUUGUCGUACAACAACCUCUCUGGUUCAGUUCCAAAGUCUUUAGAAGCACUUAAACACCUUGACUACCUUAAUGUCUCUUUCAAUAGUUUAAGUGGAGAAAUUCCUAAUGGAGGUUCUUUUAGAAACUUCACUAUGGAUUCUUUUAAGGGUAAUGAGGCAUUGUGUGGAAUCCCCAAGUUCCAUGUUCCGAUUUGUCCUGUAGUUUCUAAUCACAUAUCAAAGAGAAAGAAGGUGGAAAGAGCUUCGUUUAUUGUUUUAGGGGUGGUUUCUAUUAGCUCAGUUGUUUCUGUGGCCUUCAUAGCUGUCAGAUACAAAAGGAAAGCUAAGACAACUAGAGAAGUUGAUGAGUUGAUAUCCAUUGUUCCGGAAAGAAUAUCUUAUUAUGAACUGCUGUUGGCAACUGAACAAUUCAGUGAAAGCAAUUUACUUGGCACUGGGAGUUCUUGCUCGGUUUUUAAAGGAGUUCUAAAGAAUGGGAAGGAUAUCGCUAUCAAGGUGUUUAAUAUGCAGUUAGAAGGUAUUUCAAGAAGAUUUGAUGUCGAAUGUGAGAUACUGCGUAGCAUUCGACAUAGAAAUCUGACCAGUGUCAUAAACAGUUGCUCCAAUGAAGAGUUCAAGGCAUUAGUGCUUGAAUAUAUGCCAAAGGGAAACCUUGAAAAAUGGUUAUAUUCUCACAACUAUUGCUUGAAUUUGAUGGAAAGAUUGAAUAUAAUGAUUGAUGUUGCAUCUGCUGUGGAGUACCUUCACCAUGGUUAUUCAACACCCAUUGUCCACAGCGACUUGAAGCCUAGUAAUGUGUUGUUAGAUGAAGACAUGGUUGCCCAUGUAAGUGAUUUUGGGAUAGCAAAAUUGUUAUGCGAUGGAGAUAGCUUUGUGUUAACCAACACGCUAGCAACAUUGGGUUACAUAGCUCCAGAGUAUGGUUUGGAAGGGCUAAUUUCGACAAGAUGUGAUGUGUAUAGCUACGGAGUGUUGUUGAUUGAAACUUUUACGAGAAAAAGUCCUAGUGAUGAUAUGUUUUGCGGAGAUUUGAGCUUAAAGAGUUGGGUAGAACUCUCACUUCCAAAGAUGCCAAAUGAAGUGAUAGAUGCCAACUUAGUAAUGAAUUUGGAGGAAGCAGAGUUUGACAAGAAUCUGCAGUGUGUAUCAUCCAUACUUAAACUAGCUUUGAAAUGCUCUGCGGAUUUUCCCGGAGAUAGAAUCACCAUGAAACAAGCAUAUGCAGACUUGCAGAAAAUCAAACGUCGAUUUUUCCAAUGAGAUUCAAUGAAGAAGCAUGAAUAUAGAUAAGGAAGCAGCAAAGGAGUUGUAAACUGAUGUCAGCGUGUGUUAAGUUUGGAUACUGUCUCGUUUUCUCUUUAUGUUUCUUUUAGCUCUGUUGUAUUUUAACUUGUCUUUUUCAUUAAUGAAUGUCAAAAUUAUGUAUUAUUUAUGUGUUGUAUUUUGCACUCUGAAUGCAAGGACAUAUAUACAUAAUGUUCGUGAGUAGGAUCCCUUUCCUCAGCUCACAUUUUUAAUAGAUGGAAAAUUUCUUGAAAAUUA